AAAAAUAAAAUAAAAAUCGCUGAAGACUUAAAUUAUUUGUUCUCUCAUUUCGAGUCUUUACAAGGGAACUACUCGCAUAUGAUAAUAUAGCUCUAACCAAAGCCACAGCUGAUAUCACACACACUGAAGCUUUGUAAGUUUCCAAUGGCUUCCAUAACCUCUGAAAUAGCUUCUUCUUCUUCAUUGCCCAAAUGGGAGUAUGAUGUUUUUCUUAGUUUCAGAGGCGAGGACACCCGUAAUAGCUUCACAGACCAUCUAUAUGCUGCUUUGGAUCAAAAAGGAAUUAAAACCUUUAGAGAUGAUGAAAGACUUGAGAGAGGAAAACCCAUUUCCAUGGAGCUCUUGAAUGCUAUAGAAAAGUCAAAAUUCGCAAUCAUUAUUCUAUCAAGAAAUUAUGCAUCUUCGUCUUGGUGCUUAGAUGAACUUGUAAAGAUUGUUGAGUGCAAGGAAGAUACUAGGCUAACAAUUUUGCCUGUUUUUUAUGGUGUGGAUCCCUCUGAUGUACGAAAUCAAAGGGACAGUUUUGCAGAGGCCUUUGCUAAACAUGAAGUACUUAUCAAGAACAAAGAGAAGAUGCAAUUGUGGAGAGCUGCUUUGACUCAAGUUGCCAAUCUCUCGGGAUGGGAUACACAGAAUAAGUAA